AUGCCCAGUCGUACGAACGACUUGAACGUUGCCUCGAACGUUGCCAGUUCAAGCUACGAAGGUUAUCGAGGCGGCGGGUGGGAGUCGUUCAAUGCCAUCGACUACAUUGACCCCGAAAUCCGCAGGGCCAUUCGGGACGAAAAUGAUAUGAAUGAACCCUUGGGCGGUGAUGGCUUGGUUGAGGGUGGCCUUCAAGGGGUCGAGCAGCUGCUUUUGUGGGAGGACCCCAAUCUGGCAGCGUCUUUUUUGGCCCUCAUGAGGAACGGUGAUAACAACAAUGACGUCGGUAAUGACAAUUAA